CCAGCAGCUCCUCCCCCACCACGCUGGCCCUCCAUGGAAGCCUUGGUCUGUGCGUUCUCUGAGCUGCGCAUAAGAGAAGAUGCAGUGAGCUGGGCCCGAGGACAUCCCAGCCACCCCGACACGCCACCCAACAUCUACGAGGGGGGCCUGGGGGCCCAGCAGCAGUGCCCCGGUGCCCAGGGAAGCAAGCCCAAGAACUUCCGGCUGCGUCACCUCCGGGGCCUGGGUCUCUACCUGCCGAGCCACAUGCAGCCCGCCGGCCAGGGUGAGAGCCACUGGCUGGGCCAGCUCAUGGCCAGGGGCUGCCUCCCACCGCCCGAGGGUAUGGCCUGGCCCCUAGACCUGCCACACGGGACUUCGGGCCCAGGGGACAGCCACCGCUCAGUUCUUCUGGAAACUCAAGUGCCCGGGGACAGCCUGGAAAAUCCAGCUUCCAGUUCCAGCGUGGACCCGGCCAAGGGUGCCCCCUCCCAGCCUGCUCCGCCAGAAGGCUUGGGGCUCAGGCCGAAGAGGUCCUGGGGGGCCUCAGAGGAGUCCACAUGUCCCUUGUGCAAGAGAACCCGCUCUGGGGCUCUGGAGAGACCAUAG